UCCCAUAAACUUAAUGUACUAACUAAACGAGUUUACAUCCGCUUUAGCAACUCAUAGUUAAACACACUCGAUCAACUUCAUGUGAUCAAAAAAGCACGUGACUACAUACUAAUCAAAAUAAAACAACUAAUUUAGGUAUAUGAAAUCACCGAUAAAAAAAAAAUACAUACAGCUUUAAGGAUUGCAUAUAAGAAGCUAAAAGUGAAAAUAAUAAAUAGAAUAAAAAAAAUAAUUACACUAAUUGACGUAUAACAUUAUCGCAUUCUUAAAUUACUCUUGACCAUUAUACUUCAUUUCAAAUGUAAUUUUUAAGUCUCCAUUCAAAAAAAAAAAAAAAAAAAAAAAAUUUAUACUAAUUAAUUAUAAUCCCCUCCAAAAAAAAAAAGUCAUUUUAAUUUUUCAGCCCUUUUUUUUUAUAACACAGAUAGGACCAUUUGAUCAUCCUUACCCAAUUCACAAUUUUUUAUGGUAUCCUCCAAAAUUUCAUCCAACAAUAAUAAUCUGAACAUUACUCUAUGCCAUUUGAAGACAAAAAAAUCGAGAAUGAAUACUUGUAUAACAACCACCAAAAACAAAAAAAGGUUGAUUGGAGAUUUCAUAUUGAGAGAGAAAAUCAGUGAAACCCCAUUUUCAAGUGUUUGGAGAGCUAAUCAUAGGAUAAACCCUGAUUUGAAGGAUGUAGCUUUGAAGAAGAUCACACUUUCCAAGUUAACCCCAAAUCUUAAAGCUUGCCUUGAUUGUGAGAUUAACUUCUUAUCUACUGUUAAUCACCCUAAUAUUAUCCGUCUUCUGGAUUUCUUUCAGGCUGAAGGUUGUUUAUAUAUGGUCUUUGAAUUUUGUGAUGGGGGUAAUCUAGCUUCUUAUAUUUGUCGCCGUGGUGGAGUCCAAGAGCAAAUAGCUAGAGACUUUAUGUAUCAACUAGGUGCUGGUUUAAGCAUUAUGCGAAGCCAUCAAAUUGUCCAUCGAGAUUUGAAGCCACAGAACAUUCUAUUAUCGAGUUCUGACAGCAACACACUACUAAAGAUAGCUGAUUUUGGCCUUUCGAGAGUUUUACACUCAGGGGAUCAUGCUGAAACUGUUUGUGGCUCACCUUUGUACAUGGCCCCUGAAAUGUUGGAGUUUCAAAGAUAUGAUGAUAAGGUUGACCUAUGGAGCAUUGGGGCAAUCCUUUUUGAACUUUUAAAUGGUCAUCCACCUUUCCAUGGCAGGACUAAUGUUCAGCUCUUGAAGAACAUCAAGACUUCUACAGGCCUUCCAUUUCCAGAGCUUUUACGACAAACCAUACAUCCAGAUUGCUUUGAUAUCUGCUCUGGGCUGCUGUGUGUAAAUCCAGCUGACAGGUUGUCAUUUGAAGAGUUUUACUGCCAUAGAUUCUUCAUGCAAACAAAGGAGAGGCUAUGACUAUAAUCGUGGAGGUAUUCUGCACUAUCUAUCUAAGUGGAGAAUUAGGUGACUCCUUGGAUUUGAAAACUGAAGAUUGAAGAAAUGAUCUGAAACAGCCUGUCUAGCAGUCUAGGUCUCUAGGACAAUUCAUUGAAAUAUAUCAGGAUAAUGAAGUUGUAGAUGUGUGUACUUGAUGGAACUGAAAUAUUUCCCUUGGCUGUUUUGCCGAUUCUACCAACUGAGGUAUGUUGCAUGGUUCCCACUUCCCACCAAGGAUAGGAUAUUCAUAGGUCCCUAGAUGUAUGCAAUCUAACCUAUCGAUUGUAAGCCAGCAAUCUAGCUAUUUUCUGAUAGACUGGCAUAGAAUUCAACUAUCUUGAUAGGAUCUGUGCUUUACAACUCACUCGUCUAAGUACGUUGGUAUUAUGUUGUAUCAAUAUUCAAUCAUUUAAUGAAGAAUUCUUGUUCUUUCUGGCUUCA